CAGGAUUCCAGAUCAAGACCUCAACAACAAAACAAAGACCAAGUGUCCCACUAUCAUCUACAUUUCACCUCACCACCCACCACACUCGUCAAUAUGGAUAAAGUGUCUGCCUUUGGCAAGAACUUCUCGUAAGUCUCCAAACCAACCACCAAGCGUGCUGCGCAUCAACGAAUAUGCCUGCGAGCGCACCUCGAGUUAUACAGCAAAUGCUAACUGUUAUCAAGAGCAACCUUCACCCCCUUCGCCGCCCGCACCCAGCAAUAUGUAAAGGAACAACUCGGACAGGCUGAGGAUAAGGUGCGCAAUUUCAUGGUUCUUCGAGGUCUCGAAACUGACGGAUAUUCUUCCUUGAUAGACCCAGCUACCUCCAGAUUAUAUUGAGCUCGAGAAGCGGGUGGAUGCUCUGAAACAGGUUCACCAAAAGAUGCUACAGGUCACGUAAGUCUCCCGGAAGGUUCGGUCUUACGAUGAAAAUCGGAUUAUGGAUGCAAGGACUGAUCGGGUUUGCGUGUCCAGGUCCCAGUACUCCUCCGAAGCCUAUGAUUAUCCCGCAAACUUGAAGGAAAGCUUCAGCGAUCUCAGUAGAACCGUCAGCGAAAAGGUUCAGUUGCUUUCUGCUGCUACAUCUGCUGCUGACGCACAAGCUGCGCUCACAGCCCCUCCAUCCACAAAACCACAGCCCAAGACAUUCAACCAUGCUAUCGCUCGUGCCAGUCUUGCCAGCAGCCAACUUCUUCAACAUCAACAUGCAGGCGCCGGAGAGGAUCCACUGGCGCAAGCUUUAGAGAAGUAUGCCCUUGCAAGUGAGCGAGUUGGCGAGGCACGACUUGCACAGGACUCCCAGAUCCAGAGCCGUUUUCUCGCAGGCUGGAGUACAACUUUGAACACAAAUCUGAUGUUCGCGACGCGGGCAAGAAAGAGCGUUGAGAACUCAAGAUUGAUGCUUGACGCCGCAAAGGCAAAGGCAAAGAACCCCGGAUGGAAACUUCCUGGGGCUGCACCGCGCGCCGAUGGACAACAUGAAGAAGAGACGUCCGAGGAGGCUCGUGUUGAGAUCGAGCAGGCUGAGGACGAGUUCGUUGGUCAGACUGAGGAGGCAGUCGGAGUGAUGAAGAAUGUGUGUAUUUCCAUUUCAACUCGUCUUAUGCAAAACACUGACCCCUUCAGGUUCUUGAUACCCCAGAGCCGCUACGAAACCUCGCCGAUUUAAUUGCUGCCCAACUCGAGUACCACAAGAAAGCAUAUGAAAUCCUUAGCGAGCUUGCGCCGGUCGUCGACAGUCUCCAAGUAGAGCAGGAAGUGAGUCGGUCCAAAGACUUUUCUGCAUAA